AUGGAAAGAAAAAAGGAACGUAGCGGAGCUUCAAAGCGGAAACAACGUCAGGAAAGAGAAGCAUGUGAAAAAAAAUUGCCCAAGCUAGACAGCUUUUUUACGAAAACACUUUGUGCUACAGUUCCUUCAGCAGCCGAAAUAUCGGCCAAAAGUGACAAAUGUUUAUUUACUGCUAGCGUGGACACGGCUGUGUCAGUGAAUGAAGUGACUCUAGAAGAUCAGGAAUAUCAGGAUUCAACAAUUCUCAUCAAUGCCACCGCUGAAAAUGACUAUGUCGACGCUUCCGUGCAACCAACAGUAGAUGAAUCAUCCAUUUCUACAGCUUCGGAAGUUUUUGAAAUUUCAACUGACUUGGGAAAGUUCAUAAACAAGAAAUUGAACGACACCGAAAAACGGCUGAUUCUUGACAAGGGACCAUUGAAACCUCCGGGACCUUUUCCGAAGGAUCUCCACCAAGACCACAGGAUCUUUUCAGAAACUGUUUGGGCACCAAACUUGAACAUCAUCUUGGAUCAGAUCAGGGCAUCACCGUUUUUCACCAUCAUCAUGGAUACCACGCAGGACAUAUCGAAAGCGGAUCAGCUUAGCAUUGUCGUAAGAUAUGCAGUUAUAGUCAGAUCGGAAAAUGGACAACCAAUCGAUAUUGAGGUGGUGUUUUUCGGUUUCCACGCAGGAAGAAGUCUUCAGAGUAACCAUUUUUAA